AUGCGUGGGAAGGUUGCGCGGCGAAAGGAACAGGAGAAGCGGCAAUGGCGCUGCUCCUGCCGCGUCCUUCGGCUCCUGAACUGGACGCCGAACACGCAUGCUGAGGGGUUACAACCCUCCACGAUCCCUCUGCUGCCCCUGCAUCAGAUCGGGCUCGGGGAGGUUCACAUACCUUCUCGACAAGCAGAAGCGUGUCCGCGAAAUCGCCCGGACCUCACGGAUUCCUCACAGACAAUGGAAUUGUGCCAGGGUGUGCUGGGCAAAGUUGAGCAGGGGCAGGGGAGCGGAGUGCGUUCAGCACGAGGGUCGAGACGAUCUGUGGACUCUGUCGGGAGCGCCAAGAAGAGGCAUGAGAGGAUCGCGAGCAAGUACAACUUCUUCUCUACCAAGGCCAGAGACAUCAAGAGCAUCUUCGGUACCAUGACGUACUCUCUCCUCCUUGUUCCUCACGACGCACUCUCUAAUCAGAGUGAUCUGCAUUUAUGCAUGCGCUGGAUGAAACCCUGCUGCCGAGAGAUAGUGAAGAGCUCUGAGCGCAUCAGCCAUGAUCAACAAGAAGACAGCAAGAGUCGAAAUCCGAACACGGGAGAAACUCCUCGGAAGAGACUGGUGAUGCGUCAGCACUCGGGGGAAAGUUUGGAGUGGAAGAUGGGAGCAGACGAUAAGAGGAAAGGAGAUCCCAUAGCUCCGAGGCGAAGCUAUCCCCAUGUCCCGAAGAUAUCAUUGAAGGACGGAAGCUCUUCAAGAAUGUCACAGACUAGCGAUGGGGAGCUUCAGCACUCUUUGCUGAGAGGAAGGGAGACUGUCAUGAAAAUCCCCCGUCCAUCUCCGAGAAGGAGCCCUCCGUCAGAAGAAAAUCAAGCAGCGCUCACUCCUACCCAUGGGGGCAGCAAGAGGAGCUUGAGGCGGACGGGCUCUCGCACCCCUCGUCCUCUCAUUCGCGACCACCGGGGCCCGCAGAUCGACGAGAUUGCCUUCAAGGAAUCAACCAGCUCAAGUUCUCCUCGCAGUGCGCGAGCUGAGAUAGAAGCUGCUGCUGAACGGAAGCUGAAGCAAAUGUUGACGAUCCUGGAGAGGAAUUGGGAAGAAUCAAGAAGAGCAGAUUGA